AGCUGUAAAUCACAGUAUACAGCCAUAAAGGAUUAGGCUAUUAUUGAAAAGUAAAAUAUAUGUGUAGGUGAAUCAUUUAAAAUUUCUGCUUUUUUUUCAAGUGGAAUCCAAAGGUCUACCGGGUGACUUUAUGAAACAGAUUUGUCGACAAAGAAAAUCUAAGCUUAUUGAAAAAUGAAAAUGAAACUCAGUUUGAUUAGCUCAUCGCUUUUGCACGUGCUAUAUAUACAAUCCAUCCGAAAUGCAAUCCCUCUCAUGACAAACGUCCAUCUCUAGACAAUUCCCAUCAGCUUUUCUGAUCUAUAAUCAAUCUUUCUUCUAAUUUUUGCAAAAUGAAGUUUUUGAUGUUGGCAAUUAACCUCUCUCUGUUGCUCUUUUGCUAUGUUGUCACAACACACCAAACACCAUGGCCUUUCACUCUACUUUUAUUCUCAUUCUUAUCUGUUUCACCUUUCUUCCUUAACCACUGGCUAGUCCCUGGAGGCUUUGCAUGGAGAUACCACCAUGUCUACUCUCCACAGCUUCGUGGUCCAGUCGGUUGGCCUCUGCUUGGAACCUUGUCUCUAAUGGGUUCACAUGCUCAUCGUAAGUUAGCCAACAUGACUACUUCACUAGGUGCAACUAGGCUCAUGACAUUUAGUCUAGGAACAACGCGUGUGAUAAUCAGUAGCCACCCUGACACUGCCAGGGAAAUCCUUUCCGGGUCCUCAUUCUCAGACCGCCCAAUCAAGGAGUCAGCUCGUUUGCUGAUGUUUGAACGCGCCAUAGGGUUUGCUCCCUCUGGCAAAUACUGGCGCCACCUUCGUAGGAUUGCUGCGAACCAUAUGUUCUCCCCUAGGAGAAUUUCUUGUCUAGAGGCGCUGCGCCAACAAGUGGCCGAUGAAAUGUUGGUGGAAGUAAGGAAGGGAAUGGAAGAGAAAGGGUGGCUAGAGUUGAGGGGAAUAUUGCAAAAGGGUUCUUUAACUCACAUACUUGAGAGUGUGUUUGGGAGUUCUGUAUGUUUAGAAAGGGAGGAGCUAGGGUUAAUGGUGAAAGAAGGGUAUGAAUUAAUAACUAUGUUUAACUGGGAGGACUAUUUCCCUCUAAGGUUUUUGGACUUUCAUGGGGUGAAAAGAAAGUGUCAUAAGUUGUCAGGCAAGGUAAGAAGUAUUGUGGGUCAAAUUGUGAAAGAAAGAAAAAAGGCUGGAGAUCAGGUCAUAAAUGGGGGAAAUGACUUUCUUAGUGCUUUGUUAACUUUGCCUAAAGAGGAUCAGUUGAGUGAUUCGGACAUGGUUGCUGUAUUGUGGGAAAUGAUAUUUCGGGGUACCGAUACAGUUGCCAUACUCCUGGAAUGGAUUAUGGCCAGGAUGGUUUUGCACCAAGACAUCCAAGCUAAAGUCCAGCAAGAGAUUGACGCCUGCAUCGGCCAACGCUGUCGCCAUGUUCAAGAUUCUGAUCUCCCAAAUCUGCCUUACCUCCAAGCAGCGGUGAAAGAGGUUCUCAGGAUGCACCCACCGGGCCCACUGCUCUCAUGGGCCCGCCUAGCCACCCAUGAUGUCCACGUGGGGAAGUCCUUCGUUCCAGCUGGCACGACUGCAAUGGUCAACAUGUGGGCCAUAACUCAUGACCCAUCCAUUUGGAAGGAUCCAUGGACUUUUAGGCCUGAAAGAUUUGUCGAAGAAGAUGUCUCCAUCAUGGGCUCGGAUUUGAGGCUUGCGCCCUUUGGGUCAGGUCGAAGGGUCUGCCCUGGCAAGGCACUAGGUUUAGCCACCGUGCAUCUGUGGCUUGCACGGUUCCUCCACUGUUUCAGCUGGCUACCGGCGGCUCAGCACGUUGAUCUAUCGGAGACUUUGAGGCUUUCUCUUGAAAUGAAAACACCAUUAGCAUGUCAAGUGGUUCCCCGAACAGCACAACGUGUUUCAUGAAGCAAGAAAAAUUAAUCAAUAAAGUAGAAACAAUAGUAGUAGUAGUGACUUGUGAGUAUUAUGAAUUGUGAAAUGUUAAUAAAAAUGAUGUAACAAAAUUAGGGUGUGAUUCAUGGAAAGUACUAAGUAACCAUGAAUUAACUAGGAACUUCAACCCUCGACUAGCUAGAAGAAAAUUUCAUAUAUCUCUGGAAGUUAAACAAGAGGGCCCCUAGACUUUGUACAGUUGUGCGGUUUUUCUUUUUA